CUGGCGGGAGCGGGUGAGCAGCGCCGCGCCUCCCCGGUCGGAGAAGGGGCGGGGGGGGGGUCACUCUGCGGCAGCGUUCGCACCGCCCGGGCCUAGCCGCUCUGCGGUUAAAAUCCCGCCGGGCGGCCCCGCGCACGGGAUCUUUCGUCCCGCCGAGAAUAAAAGACGCGGUUUUGCCGGCGCGGAGCGGAGCAGCCGGUCGGCGCCCGGUUGUUGCCUGGCGGCGACGGGGAGCGGGAAGCAUGGCGGCGACAGAGUUUGCGGGCAGAACUGAGGCUGUCCCGCCGGCUGGAGGAGGCUUGGUAGUCAACUGGUCAGGUCAAGGAUUGCAAAAACUGGGUCCAACCUUACCCUGUGAUGCUGAUACUCACACUCUGAUUCUGGACAAAAACCAGAUAAUUAAAUUGGAACACUUGGAGAAAUGCAGGAAUCUGAUGCAGCUCUCUGUAGCCAACAAUCGUUUGGUGCGAAUGAUGGGUGUAGCAAAACUGACUAAGCUCCGGGUGCUAAACUUGCCUCAUAAUAGUAUUGGAUAUGUGGAAGGGCUGAAGGAUUUGGUGCACUUAGAAUGGCUGAACUUGGCAGGAAAUAACCUUAAGGCCAUUGAACAAAUCAAUUCCUGUCUGUCUCUUCAGCAUCUUGAUUUGUCAGACAAUAACAUAGCUCAAUUAGGCGAUCUCUCCAAGCUUACAUCACUGAAAACUCUCUUGCUGCAUGGAAAUAUUAUAACUUCACUUCGCACUGCCCCUGUUUGCCUACCUCAGAAUCUGACUGUUUUUUCUUUGGCAGAAAAUGAAAUCAGAGACUUAAAUGAGGUUUCUUUCCUGACCUCUCUUCAUCAAUUGGAACAGUUGUCAAUUAUGAACAAUCCUUGUGUGAUGGCCACACCUUCUAUCCCUGGCUUUGACUACAGACCAUAUAUUGUCAGCUGGUGUCUGAACCUUAAAGUUCUUGAUGGAUAUGUGAUUUCUCAGAAGGAAAGUUUGAAAGCAGAAUGGCUCUACAGUCAAGGUAAAGGAAGAUCGUAUCGACCUGGACAGCAUGUUCAGCUAGUCCAGUACUUGGCUACUGUUUGUCCUCUUAUAUCUACAUAUGGUCUUCAGACUGAAGAGGAUGCCAAACUGGAAAAAAUACUGAGUAAGCAAAGGCUCCACCAGAGGCAGUUGAUGCAUCAAAACCAAAACGAAGGACCACCUACAUCUUCUACUCCCAACAAAACCCCGGCAGUUACUUAUGAACAGAGCAGUCCAGUCCAGCCACCACAGAUAGUUCUUGAAAGUGAACCUAUGAUCCAGAAGAAUUCCUGGGUUGGACCAAGUACAAAUGAUGAUCAUUCCUAUGCAGUAAAGAACACUUUUCUUCUUGAAAGAAGUUUUCGGAAGGAUCUAUACCUUGAAGAUAUACAGACAGAUGAAGACAAACUAAACAGCAGCCUUUUAUCCUCAGAGUCUACUUUCAUGCCAGUUGCUUCAGGAUUGUCUCCAGUGUCUCCUACUUCAGACCUGAAGAUACAUGGAAUCAAUUUGGGCCUAGAAGAUGAUGAUAAUGAUGAUGAUACAGUGAUCGAAUGUGUGAGAGAUGUUAAUAGUGGAGAAAGAGAUAACAAGCAAGAAGCUUCAAGUGUUAACAGAGAGCACUUGAGCAGAGCAGUGGGAAGUUUGGAAACUCAAGGGAAUAUCAAAGAGAGCGUGCUGUUGCCUUCUGAUCCAGUAACAGCUUGCCUGACUGCUAAUACUAGCAACUCAUCAGCAUCCUCUGAAGACCAGGUUCUGCAUAGUCACCCCAGCACCUCAGUAGGUGCUGAAUUGGGAAUUGCAGCUCUCUGUCCUGACCAGAUGACAGGAGAAGGUUAUGAUUCAUUAGCUGUUGUCGAUCAAGGUGCAACUGAACUGCAAAGAAUGACUAAAGCAGCUACCAAGCUUCAAGCCUGCUGGAGAGGAUUUUACACAAGGAACCACCAUCCCCGCGCCAAGGAAGUGCGAUAUGAAAUUCGACUGAACAGAAUGCAGGAGCACAUCAUUUGCUUAACUGAUGAAAUACAAAAACUAAGAAAAGAAAGAGAAGAAGAUAAGAUUCAGAGGCUUGUACAGGAGGAAGCUGUUAGAUUUCUUUGGGAUCAGGUUAAAUCCCUUCAACAGUGGCAACUGUCAGUGACUCGAAAUUUAGGUGCCACUUGGCAACCUGGGAUCCCUUCAGUCAGUGCUGUCUGUCCAUCUGAACCAUGUAUUCAAUCAUCCACACUUGAGCAAGAAACCCCACCAGAUGUUAGUUCUGCUUUGUUAGUUCCAGCUAGUGAUGUUCUUCAGGAAAAGUCUUUGUUGCAGUUCCCAGAUUCUGGUUUUCAUUCUUCCAUGGCUGAUCAGACUCAUGCCAGUGACUUGUAUAGCUCUGAAAAGAGCUUGGUGGAAGGAACCGAGAGCUCUCUUUCAGUGGAAACUGUCAAACAAUGUGGCAAUUCUGUUUCAGUGUAUUACUCAGAUGGGGAGGAUGGCCAGGGGGAAUGUGGGCAGAGUAAAGAGAGCUUUAGUAAUGAGCAGGACAACAGACUAAUACAACAGUAUUUGAAAUCUGUUCAGCAGCUGGAAGAGGCUGAUGAAGGGACACAUUGCAGCGAUGAAACAGAGGGUAGCUGGCCACAAAUUGCUGUUUCAGCAGAAAGCCAAGAGUCUUCAUCUGACGCUGUCUCUGUAGAUCUCUCUCAAGACACAUCUUCCCCUGCUCGAAGUGAAAUCAGUCAGACACCAGAAAGCUGCAAGCUGAAUUCAGGAAUAGUAGAAGGAAAGCAAACAGACUGUGAUUCUUCAUUUCAGAUGCUGCAUGUUGGGAUAACUGUAUAGUAGGCUCAGUUCCACAAAGGACUAGGGAUUCCAUUUCCCUUUUCUCUUUUUGCCAUUUAUACAAGACUUAUUUUUCAUGCGUGCUGUUUCAGAUUUUGACUCAUGUUACCAAUUUGUGUUUUCAUUGGUAUUUUAUUGAUGUUGCUGAGGACUGACACUAACUAUGCUAACCUGAAAUUGGCAAAGUUCUCAGUGAUAAUCAUUAUGCACUUUAGUUUCAAACAUAAACCUGAUACCCUAAUAACUGGCUUCCAUUAAAUUAAUUCUUAAGAUUGGGGGUGCUGAUGGUAUUUCCUGUAAAUUCACUUCAAUGAAUGUGUUAGGAAAUCUUGGAAUUUUUUUCUAAAAAGCAGCACUGAGUUCCUACUUUGCAAAGAGAAGGAAACAAUAUGGGAAGAAACAGGAUCAGUAUAGGCUCUGUGUGUGUGUAUAUGGAUGCAGCCUCCUGAGAAAGAUGAAAGCAGUUGCCUUUCAGACUUCUUUUGACUUCAACAGGAAAAGUUUGGUCAUGUUUCAGAGAUGCAUUCCAUGAAACCAGUAUCCAGUCAGUGACUUCUUUUUGUUUACUUGAAGCUACUGGCUAGGAGUUAAGUCAUUUACAUAUGCACUGAAACAAGGACUUAGAGGGCAAGACCUUAGGGAGCUUCAAGUAAUCUUGGACUUUUGUUUGCCCUGGGGUUGAAUUUCCCUCCUUUCUCAGGUAAGACUCAAAGUGGAACCAGUAGCAGCCUUUACUAAAUAAGAAUUUCAAAAGGGCAUGUGAUUUGGGAACAUCAUUUCCAAGACUACACUGCUGGGUUACAGCAGCAGACUUGGUGACCUGUGUUUUGCCUCCAUAAGGAUGCUGAUGUCAUUGUGGGAUUUGGAUCUGCAUGGUUUUCAAGACAUUAGUGCAUUUGAUGGAUCAUGACUACUUCUAUCUACAGGUAGAAAUACUAAAAGCAAAUGCCAUGACUUAAAACUAUUUAUUGACAUCUCUAUUGGGUUUUUUAGUGUUUUUUGUUUUUUGUUUGUUUGGGUUUUUUUCCUGUAUGUCCAGUAUUUGACAUUCUAAUUAGAUGUGGGUAAAAAGCUGUAUUUCUUCCCUGUUGGCAAAUGGGCUAAGAUACCUAGGAUAUGCUUUCUACUUAUAAACCAUAUUGUUUGCCCAGUGUUUAUCUUGCCUAGUCAUUGCUAUGUUGUUUUUUUUAAUGGUAAGAGAUCAGGUAUCUUAGUAUACUGAACAAGUGGCAAGGGAAAUCUGUUUUGCUGUGCAAUUUGUGAUGGACACUAGUAAAAUAAAAUUGACGUUGUGACUUCUAGGGGUCAGUUUGCUAAUACUGCAUUUUGCAAUGUGUACUGGAAGGCCGGUGUUUCAGUAGUUUGCUAAUAUUGACUUCUCAGAUAUGAAGACAUGCAUAUUAUAAUUUUUUGAAUCCACAGGUUAACUUCUGCUGCUAUGGUGUCAUUAAAAUCAACUAGUGCUGUUUUAAAGUGACUCUUAUGGCCAUGUUACCAUGUAAAAUAAUUUAAUUCUUGUAGAAGCUUUGGUUGCUUGUCUACUUUAGGUUCUGAGCUGAAAAUUACAGCUACUCAGGAGUUUGGCUUGAGGCCAGUAUCUGCUUGAGGACUCAAAAUAGCCUUUAUUUAGAACAUAAAUGGUAUAUUGGACUUGUAGCAGCCAUAUGCCCGGUGGUGAAGUUCACCUUGGAAGAAUAAAGCUUACCUCUGUGUAUAGAAUAGGUAUCAUCUCUUUUUCCCCACUCCUCUAAAAAAAGUUGCAGGGCACUAACUUCUCAAAAAAGAGCUGUCAUAGCAAUCAAGCUGACACUUGACUGAGCCUUACAUACACGAGAACAUUUAAAACAAAACAAACACAAAAACAACAACAAAAAAACCCCCAGCAACUGAGGUGGUAGAUUUUUAAUGUGCUGUCUUUUUAACUCAGUCCUAUUACAGCACAUUUGUAGCGUAACCAUAUUCAUUAUUCUUAGAGCAUGAGUGUGCCUGGGUAUUGAAAGUAGUACGGAUGCAUUAAUGUACCAAAACAUCUAAUUAACUGUGCAAAGAAGUGUUUAGUCUUACAUGAUCAUAUCCUUGUCCUCUGAAGUUUCUCAACUUGGAUUUAAAUCUGCCAUGCUUGGAGAUCUCUGCAGUUCAUAGGAUUUGGCUCUUUGACUGUUAAUCUGUUAUUAAAAACAAAUAAACAAAAAAUCUCAUGUAACCCUCUAAAGAGGCUUUCUUUGGGUUUUGAGAGGGAAAUUAGUUCUAUCUGUGAAACAGUUGUUGGACCUUACACUCUGGAGGCAGUGGUUAGGUGUAAUAAAACAGUGAGUUCUCUUU